GCAACAACAACAAGCGAUUGAGGAAAGACACAAUGAAUUUCUCGCAACCUCCGACGUUCGUUUCGGGAAUUCCCGGAACAUCUCCAUCUAUUUCCGACUCGACCGUCAUCGCGACGUCACUUGGUGUAUUCACCGUUACUGACCCCGACACGACGUGCAGUAUUACGUCAACGGUGACGUCAGUGUAUGAGAUCAGACCCUUGACGUCACCGGCAGAUCCUCAAAAGCCUGAGUUCCAAGUGUGGAUCAUUGCCGCCGUUAUUCAAGCGUCUAUAGACUUCAAUGACCAGGUGGUUCCGGUGCCGUUGACGACCACGUGUACGGACGGAAACACCGCCAUCACGGGAACGUUCAUCGUCAACAUUGUCGACGAGCCGCCGGUGAUAUCAGCACUUCCGGCGAGCGGACGGCUAUCAACGACGGUCUUCAGACGAUCGCCGCAAUUCUCCACACGUUCAGCGUGACAGACAGUGAUGACGCCGUAACGUGCUCCGUGAGGCCGCCGACUUUUGUCUCCAGCAUGCCCGGAAGUUCCGCGAGCAUCUAUGACGCCACUGUCACACAGACGUUGCCCGGGAAAUUCACAACUUCAGACCCUGAUACAACGAGAAAAGUGACGUCACCGGCGAAUCCUCAACAACCUGGUAAGGUAAUCAUUGAUCAUAGUGUGAAUGCCUACAAUUUUAAGGCUCAUGAACCACCACAAGGGUACAUUUAGUAAUGUUCAAUUGGUCAUUGUCGGUUCAUCGGUUCAGGUACUGUAUGUACUUAAAAGUACCCGGAUAUUCAUAAGUAUACUACAAAGUACCCGUGGUACGGAAAAUACAUACUAAGUAAGAAAGUACCUAGGGGUAUGACCGGAUACCUUUAAGCGUAUUAUUUGUACACGGGGUACAGUUAAGUGAACUUAAGAGUACUUUAGAGUACACGGGGUACUUCUAAAUUGUAACUGAGCCGACAAAGCAAUUGAACCAAUAGAAGUAUCAUCGUCGACCCGUCUGUUCAUUCAUCUUUAAAUCGCAUUUAUUUUGCAUUAGUAUGUGCGAUUAUAAAACAUAUCUCCUUCAAUAUUAAUGUAACAGGGUUCGGUAUAAGAAGAACUUAUACUGCCUUGCUAUAUGAGCUAGCUUUUAUAGCGACGCGGUACCGGGUUCGAUCCCCGACCACCAUGGGGAUCG